AAACCAAUCGCCAUCUUCACAUCGUCUUCUUCUUCCGGUUCCGAUCGCACAGGAAAAAAAGUCCCUCUUCUGUUUCUCCCUCAAAGCACCCGAGGAGUGACCGGCUAGCUGAAGCAGCCGCAUGUGAGAAGCCGCUGAAGGGGUGAAGUGGGCGCGGGAACAUGAGGGGGGGCAGCCGGGCGGUGGAGCGGCGGGUCCUCAGCCUCUUACACGGCCAGGAGACCCGAACCCGGCUGAACGAAAUCCACGCCCACAUCCUGCGCCACCGCCUCCACCAUUCCAACCAAGUCGUCUCCCACUUCGUCUCCGUCUGUGGGUCCCAGAACAAGAUGGACCGCGCGACCACCAUUUUCCACCACUUCCCCUACCCCAACAUCUUCCUCUUCAACUCCAUGAUCAAGGGCUUCUCUCUCCGCGGCCCGUUUCUCAGCUCCGUCGCUCUGUUUUCCGACAUGAAGAGUCGCGGAAUCUGGGCGGACGAAUUCACCCUCGCCCCAUUACUCAAAGCCUGUACCGACCUCCACGGCGGUCUCCGCCUGGGACAGGCGGUCCACAAAGAGGCCCUUGUCCUCGGAUUCCACAGGUUCAACUCGAUUUGCGUCGGGGUCGUGGAGCUGUACUCGGGCAACGGGAGAAUGGUGGAUGCGCACAGGGUGUUCGACGAAAUGCGCCAGAGAGAUGUGAUUGUUUGGAAUUUGAUGAUUCGAGGGUAUUUCCACAGCGGGAAUUUGGUGAUGGGGAUGAGCCUUUUUAGGCAAAUGGAGGAGAGGAGCGUUGUUUCUUGGAACCUGAUGAUUUCGUGCUUGGCACGAAAUGGGAUGGAUGGGCAUGCUUUGGAGCUCUUCUGUGAGAUGAUCAAUAAUGGGUUUGAACCUGAUGAAGCUACUGUGGUCACGACACUGCCGAUUUGCACUCGACUUGGAGAAAUUGAAAUUGGGAGCUGGAUUCAUUCUAUUGCAGACUCUAGAGGUCUCAUUGCAGAUCAUGUGACAGUGGGAAAUGCAUUGGUUGACUUUUACUGCAAAUGCGGGGAUUCUGAGCCAGCCUCUCUGUUAUUCAAGAACAUGUCCGGAAAGAAUGUAGUUUCUUGGAAUGCCAUGAUCUCUGGUUUGGCCUUCAACGGGAAGGCCAAACUUGGGAUUCAACUGUUCGACACCAUGAUACGCGAAGGCGUGUGCCCUAAUGAGUUGACUUUUGUUGGGGUUUUAGCAUGUUGCUCCCACGCCGGUUUUGUCCAAAGAGGUCAAGACUUGUUUGCUUCGAUGAUGGAAGAUUACCGUAUCGACCCUACAUUGGAGCACUACGGGUGCAUGGUUGAUCUCUUGAGCCGGAACGGACAUGUGGAGGAGGCCUAUGAGCUGAUGAAAUCCAUGCCAUUUAAACCAAAUGCGGCGCUAUGGGGUUCUUUGCUCAGUGCUCUUCGCUCCCGCGGUGAUACGGUACUUGCAGAAUGUGUUGCCAAGGAACUCAUCAGUCUUGAGCCAUGGAACUCAGGUAACUAUGUGCUGUUGUCCAAUGUUUAUGCAGACCAGGGAAAAUGGGAAGAAGUUGAGAAGGUGAGGAAGUUGAUGGAGGGAAGUGAGAUUAAGAAAGGUCCCGGACAAAGCAUAGUGAUUUAGUUCUGUCUUGGAGUAGAUUUGAAAUAUGUGCAAGGACGACCAUGUACAAAUCUCACCCCCUAAUGAGCUCAACCUUUUUAGUUCGGAGGUUGGGUGAGAAUGUGAGAAUGUGCAAAUUCCACUCCUCAUUUGGCUAUUUUAAAUUCUCAAAUGAAAGUACAAUGAAAAG